GAAGCUCGCUAUCGUGGCCGAGAGCGUGCGUGAGUGGGACGACUGGCACCUUGACGACCUACUUUCAACACUCAUCAAACAAUUGGAUUCCCUUCAAGCGAAAUAUGACGAAGAAAUACGGGACAAGGUGUCUCCCGACGAGUUCAUGACGCGGCUGGGGCGCGAGUACGUGAAGGAGUGCCGCCGUCAGUACGGAAAGGCGCUGCAGAGCCUCGGCUACAAUCUGGAGGGCUUCCUCACCAACCUGACGGGGCUGUGCGACAUGCUCAAGACCAACUCGUCCCUGAAGACCAAGAACGACGUCCCCAGCCUCAUCUGCAACGACGUGGACGGCUGCGUGGUGCUCCACUUCUUCACGAAUCGCGAGCCCAUUCGGUGCUUCGUGGGCGGCGUGAUCGAGGGCGUGAGCUCGCAGAUCUUCUCGCGACGAGUGCGGGUGGCGUGCGAGAAGUGCGACACGCCCAACGGCAACCGAACCAGUCACCGGUUCUACUUCAAGUACACGAUUCACGAGGAGGAGGUGGAGGAGGAGGAGGAGGUGGAAGAGGUGGAGGAAGAGGAGGACGUGGAGGAGGACGAGGGCGUGGUGGACGUCGAGGAGAGGAUCAUUGGGGAUGACGACGGCGGAGGAACAGACGUCGCCGACGAGAGGAACAAGGCGCAAGAAGAAGAAGGAGACGGAGGAAGCGGAGGAGAUGGAGAAGGAGAAGGAGGAAGAAAGAAGGGAGAGAAGAAUCACAGAUCCAAAGGACACCAUCCUCGACGCACGGGAGCAGCGACAGCGUCCGUGAACGGGAGGCAGAACGGCCACCGGACAGAGAUCUACGAGUCUGCAAGUGCCAAGGACUCCAAGAUCGGAGUCAGCAGCUUCUGCAAGGCAUUUCCGUGGCACUUCGUCUGCAACAAGGCCAUGAGGAUCACGCAGAUGGGGUCCGGUUUAUUGCAGGUCUUUGGGUCCCAGCCCUUGCGCCAUAACGAGGAGGUCUCGACGUGCUUUUCGCUGACCUCGCCUGAGGGCACGAGCUUGACCUACGAACAGGUCAUCGGCAGGAUCAACACUCCGUUCGUCCUCGCCUUCCGGUACCAGCAGUCGUCGAGGCUCAAGGUCAAGAACAUGGGCCUCAAGGGGCAGAUGGUGGUGUGUCCCGAGAGUGACUCCCUCCUCUUCGUGGGCUCGCCUUUGCUCGACGGCCUCCGCGCCCUCACCUCCCACGGCCUCUACCUCUCCGACAUCCCGAUCCACGACGCCACCAGGGACGUUAUUCUCGUCGGCGAGCAGUCCAGGGCCCAGGACGGUCUCAAGAGAAGGAUGGUUCAGCUGAAGGACUCUAUCGAGGAAACCAAUAACCAAGUGGACAAGGAACGAGAGAAGAACGUGUCUCUUCUCCAUCUUAUCUUCCCACCUGACAUCGCGAAGAGAUUGUGGAUCGGGGAGACGAUCCAGGCCCAGAAACACGACGAGGUGACCAUGUUGUUCAGCGACAUCGUGGGCUUCACCUCCAUCUGUUCCACGGCAACGCCCCUCAUGGUGAUUAACAUGCUGCAGAGCCUCUACACGCAGUUCGACGCCUUCUGUGGACAGCUCGACGUGUACAAGGUGGAAACAAUCGGCGAUGCAUAUUGCGUAGCUGGCAACCUCCACCGCCGUAGUUCGUGGCACGCUCACCAGGUGGCUUGGAUGGCGCUCAAAAUGAUGUCUUCGUGCACGUCUCACACGACCCACGACGGUCGUCCAAUACAGAUGCGAAUAGGCCUCCACACGGGCCCUGUUCUCGCGGGCGUGGUUGGAACAGCGAUGCCCCGGUACUGCAUGUUCGGCUCCAACGUGACGCUCGCCAACCAGUUCGAGUCGAGUUCCGAGGCUCAGAGGGUUAAUAUCAGUCCGACUACGCACAGGCUCCUCGUCGAGACCCCGGGCUGGCAGUUCACUCCCCGCCAGCGCGAGGACCUUCCCAAGACGUUUCCCAAGGAGCUGCCCGGAAUCCCGUACUUCCUCGACACCUAUUACCACUCGUCGGUGGGUAAGGAGAGUUCACUGACCGAGCACAUCGACUGCGCUUUGGACGAACUGGGACUCAAGGAAUACUGAAGAAGGAGCGAAGGAAGAGAAUGAAGAGGAGGAAGAGAAGAGAAUAAAAGAGAAGGAGGGAAAGAGAUAGAAGACGAGGUUGAUAGUAAGAAGGGAGAUGUGAAAAAAAAAACUGAGAGUAAAUCAAAGAAGUAAAAAAGACUAUAGGAGAGAAGUAUUCUAGUCACUAGGUUUGAAUAAGUUUGAGUGCUGUGUUGAAAGUCAAACAUAGAAAACGAGGAAGAGGAGAAGGACAGGAGUAACUAAAAAAAAUGUAAGCACGAAAGCCAUAACGCUGAAGAGAGAUAAGAUCAGUGGUUAAGAGUUUAUUAAAAAAGAGAACAAAAAUUGUGUUAAUCCGAUGGAAAUCCAAGUAGAAUCAAAUCAAAAUGAGGUGAUAUUGCGAAAGAAAACGCAACAAGAAAAUAGGAAAAUGCAAAUCAAACACAUGAAACGAGAGAGAGAAAAGGACAAAUAGAGAGAAAGAAACAGAGAGAUAGUAAUUUAUUUAUCAAAUUGAUUGUUUAUUUGUUUGUUUAGCUUUUGACGUGUGUAGAAUCGCGUGACUGUAAUUCUAGAUUAUUUUUCUCUCUCUCACCACUUGUGAUG